CCCUGAACUCUGCCCCCCAGCUCCACCCCCCGGACGCCCCCCAGCGCCUGGGACCCCCAGUGACCCCCCUGCCUUGCUCCCCAUAUCCAGGGCCCAGCCAGGCAGAGGGCCCCUGACUCCCCUGAGAUCCCCUCCACUGACCCUUCCUAGGGUCCCCCCCAGCCCCCGACCAUGGCGCAGUACAAGGGGGCGGCCAGCGAGGCCGGUCGGGCCCUGCAGCUGAUGAAGAAGCGGGAGCGGCAGCGGGAGCACAUGGAGCAGAUGAGGCAGCGCAUCGCGGAGGAGAACAUCAUGAAGUCGAACAUCGAUAAGAAGUUCUCAGCUCAUUACGACGCAGUGGAAGCAGAACUGAAAUCCAGCACCGUGGGUCUGGUGACCCUGAAUGACAUGAAGGCCAAGCAGGAGGCGCUGGUGAAGGAGCGGGAGAAGCAGCUGGCCAAGAAGGAGCAGUCCAAGGAGCUGCAGCUGAAGCUGGAACGGCUGCGGGAGCGGGAGCGGAAGCAGGAGCAGAAACGGAAGAUCUCCAGCCUGUCCUUCACCUUGGACGAGGAGGAGGAUGAGGAGGAGGAUGAAGAGCAGCUGGAGGAGGAAGAGGGUGAGGUGUCUCUCAUUCCCAUUCUUCCCACAGAGCUGCCCCCCAAGAAGCGCAAACUGGGGAAGAAUCCAGAUGUGGACACCAGCUUCCUGCCGGAUCGGGACCGCGAGGAGGAGGAGAACCGCCUGCGUGAGGAGCUGCGCCAGGAGUGGGAGGCCAAGCAGGAGAAGAUCAAGAGUGAGGAGAUUGAAAUCACCUUCAGCUACUGGGAUGGCUCCGGCCACCGGCGCACGGUCAAGAUGAAGAAGGGAAACACCAUACAGCAGUUCCUGCAGAAAGCCCUCGAGAUCCUGCGGAAGGACUUCAGCGAGCUCAGGUCAGCCGGGGUGGAGCAGCUCAUGUACAUCAAGGAGGAUCUGAUCAUCCCCCACCAUCACAGCUUCUACGACUUCAUCGUGACUAAAGCAAGAGGCAAAAGUGGGCCGCUCUUCAACUUUGAUGUUCAUGAGGACGUGAGACUCCUGAGUGAUGCCACAGUGGAGAAGGAUGAGUCCCAUGCUGGAAAGGUCGUCCUGCGCAGCUGGUACGAGAAGAACAAGCACAUCUUCCCGGCCAGCCGCUGGGAGCCCUACGACCCUGAGAAGAAGUGGGACAAGUACACAGUGAGUGGGGGAACUGCUGAGUGUGGGUUACUCCAGCUCCAGCAGUGCUGCCUGCCCCCCUCAUAAUUCUCUCUCUGUCUUCCCAGAUCCGAUGAGAGAUGGAUUCCUGCCUGUGGAGCACCCGAUGGUCAUCAAAUCUCC